AUUACGGUAGUUUGUAUUUCGAUGGGAUAUUGCCAUCGGAGCUCAAGGCUGCUGAGUUAGUAGGCGACGUUCCAGAGUCGAUAAAGGAACAUUUGAGGAGAGUACUUAAUAUGGGUCCCACCUCUCAGCCAGCAUUUAGGGCUCAGGGAAGACGAGUCAAGAAUACUGAUCGAGGACCUUGGACAGGACCUUCCCAUUACCUCGAAGAGAUAGCCAUACGAGAGAUCAACUCGUUGAAAGAAUACACCACCCGCGAAUCAAUGCAGAGUAUCCUUGGCGAAUCACCGCUGAACCCUCUCGACGAAGCACCAUGGAAGUGUCUUGACAGCUCACCACCGCAGCCUCUUGGCAGUCGAUCAAAAUCCCAAGAAGAUCCAGCAGUCCACAUUGAUCUAUACAAGAAAUUUCUGGAGGUCACUGGUUACAUACUACCCAAAGGCGAACUAAGCAAGCCUGUACUCUGGCACCCAUAUCUCCGUCCCGCGAAUACAUUCGUUGAGAACGAUCGCGUAAUCAGCAUGAUCGGCUCGCAACACGCAUGGGUUGGCCCGCUGUUCCACCAAGCGCGGCAUACACAGCUGAUAGUAGAUAAAGACGAGACGAUGGUGCGGAUCCUUUAUCGUUACGAAAGCUUGGAUAAAGUGCGCGACCGUGGAGAUAGAAAACGAUUACAACAUCAGGUUCAGCGCUCGCUCAUGCUCCACUGCUACGAGAGCGAGAUGCAGGCUGCGAGACCACUUAUGAAUGAUGUCAUGCAUCUACCACAAGGACAAAAUAGACGUUACUUGGUUACUUUUUUUUUCGAAAGACUUGGGAUGGAAUAUUAUACCUCUUCGGCAGUGUCUGAUGAAUUUAGCCCGGCAUUGGAAUGAGAUCAACGAUUGUAUAACGUGUCUUAUAUCUUUUGCAUGGGAGGAAAUUAGAGCGCAUCUCCGCGACAGGAGAGGUUGGAACGAAGACGCCGACUAGUGGAAGUCGAAGCAAGGUCUUGUCAGUCGGGAUGGGUGGACGACAAAUGAGUCGUAUGACUUGCUUAAGAGGCAUUUU